GGUGGUUGUUUGGGGACGGCGCUUUAUCAUGGGACCUGUGCGGUUGGGAAUAUUUCUUUUAAUUUUGGGAGUGUACGGUACUUGGGCUAGGACGCCGAAAGAGGAGGACGAUGACACAGAACGUUUGCCCAGCAAAUGCGAAGAAUGAACCACUGGUGUGCCAUGUUUCAUGUACCCUUGGCCAUCUCUCCUUACUACCAGUGUGUAAGCUGCUGAGCAUGGAGCUACAAGAGAAGCUGAGUCACACUGGUCGAUCUCGAGAGGUGCUAGAGCUGGGACAGGUGCUAGACACAGGCAAGAGGAAGAAACACGUACCUUACAGUGUUUCAGAGACAAGGCUAGAAGAAGCCUUGGAGAAUUUAUGUGAGCGGAUCUUGGAUUACAGUGUUCAUGCUGAGCGCAAGGGAUCAUUGAGAUAUGCCAAGGGUCAGAGUCAGACCAUGGCAACACUGAAAGGCCUAGUGCAGAAGGGAGUGAAGGUGGAUCUGGGGAUCCCUUUGGAGCUAUGGGACGAGCCCAGUGUGGAGGUCACAUUCCUCAAAAAGCAGUGCGAGACAAUGCUGGAAGAAUUUGAAGACGUUGUGGGAGAAUGGUACUUCCACCAUCAGGAGCAGCCCCUACAGCAUUUUCUCUGUGAAGGUCAUGUGCUCCCAACUGCUGAAACUGCAUGUCUACAGGAAACAUGGACUGGAAAGGAGGAGAUUACAAAUGGGCAAAAGAAGGCAGAAGGGGAAGAGAAGGAGGAAGAGGAUGUGGAAGAGGAAGAGGAGGAGGAGGAAGAGAUGACCAAGACAUCAGGCCGCCCCAAGCAUGACCCAGAAGAUCUUUGACCCUUGUCUUUGAACUCCCAGGAGGGGUCAUAGAGAAGAACCCUCUGAAGUUUGAGCUGUUCCUUUUCCUACAGCUUUAAGGUGUGUUUGUGAACACACCUCACCCCAGGGAGAAAGGUGGGAGCAGGAGGUGGAAGUCUUACCUCUGCCUGUCAUCCAGCCCCUUAACUGGUAGGCCUGUGUGUGGUGACAGUAUUGAAGCUUUCCCCAGUAAAUCAUCUUUAGGGCUCCUCACCCCCACCCACCGGCCAGCGAUGGUAUGGAGCUAUGGGCCUUGGGAAAGACCCCUUCAGGGGUCUGGUUUUAGAUCUUAACAAGGAAGAGGCUAGAACAGACAUUCUCUAUGACCUGUGUACACUGCCUGUGUCCAGAAGCAGCAAGCAGUGAACAAAAAACAGGACAUGGGCUGAGGAUGAAGCAACGCUGGUUAGGUCGGUGGGGUAGGUACUUGCUCUGCUUCAUAUUAACUUCACAGGUGCCAAUUUUUCUAU